UGGUCUUGCCAGACGAUCGGGCCUUUUCUUUGAUAAACAUUUUUGUUUUUUUUUAUUUCUUUUUACUCAUUUUCGUCGUCCUUCUCCUCCGUCAGUGUUGUGUUGCUUUUUAACCCUUUCUAUUUCUAUCUCUCUUUCUCUCUGUAUUUCUUCUUGGUCACGUGACAUCGUCGAUCCAUCAUCGCCAAUCACGUGGCACCCUUUUCAUCCAGAGUUCUAUGUAAUAAAUGUAGAUCGAUGUCUCUCUGUUAAAAUUCACACAACGAACGUUUCUUGAAAAGUUUUAAGAUUCAUUUGUAAAAAAAAAGAAAAUUGUAUUUAAUUCGUACGUGGGGUGAGUGUGCGUUCGUAUUGGAGAAAAAUAAAGAUACAUCACGAUAAAAACGUGUUAAAUAUGACGGACAUUAUGAGACCCAUGUCGCCUGCUCGUUUGGCGACUAUCCAGCGACAUGCACGAUGGGAACAACACGUUAAUGCCCUAUUGGCGGAUUUACAAAAUACUGUAUCGUCCGAAGGCAAUCACGUCAGUAAUAACGCUACACCCGGUUACGGCUCGUUAAAUGGUGCAAGAACGCAUAACACGAAUGCAUACAGAUCGUACGAAAGUAGGACCUCUCCAUUACCGUCGCAAUCGCCGACUUAUCAAAAUCGUGAAGCCAUCGAGGAGACCAUUACAAAAUCAUCGAGUACAACUUAUACACAAAAUCCAAACACCGGUGGGAAGAUGCCGUCUUUGAACAAUAAUCUUUCGGAAUUGGACACGUUGCUUCAAGAUUUGAGCAAUGCUCGUUACAAUUCGCAUUAUCAAGAUAGAGACAGUCAUGUAUCAACGGGGGGUGUUAAUGGGGGUACAACUAGUCCGAUGCUUCGUUCACCGAGUAGUAUGUCAGCCCCUCGCCCAACCGUCGAUGCUUUGCUCGAAGAACUUAACACAGCGGUGCCUAAUGGGGAAUAUCCCAGCGAUGGUAGAGUCAAGGUCACCAUAAAAGAAACUUCAACAGAAAUUCAACCAGUCUAUGAUGGUUACCCUUCGAGUCAGCAUGGUUCCUUGAAUCGAUCCGAGAUUCAACAACGUAGUUAUGCCAACGGUCAUACAGCCAGUAACGCAACGAAAGAGCUCGACGAUUUGAUGGCCUCCCUUUCCGAGUUCAAGAUCAAUAGCAGUUCUCAUCAACAUCAAACGGUGACCGAUUCUCCAUACGCUAAGCCAAAUAAAGCUACUAAAAGUUCGCAAAGCCCGUUGCCACCGGCUGAGGGUACACCACAAACGAGAAUACACAUUACAGAAACUCAAUCCACACAUCAUUAUCAGCAACAGCAGCACGGUGAAAGUCAUACAGCACAAGCAGCAACACAAAUCAAACAGAAUCAAUUGGAUUCUAUGCUAGGAAAUCUUCAGGCAGAUAUGAGCCGUCAAGGUGUUAAUACUACGCAAAAGGGAUGUUGCAAUGCCUGCGAAAAACCAAUCGUAGGACAGGUAAUCACGGCCUUGGGUAAAACCUGGCACCCUGAACAUUUCACAUGUACUCAUUGCAAUCAGGAAUUGGGUACUCGUAACUUUUUUGAAAGAGAAGGACAUCCUUAUUGCGAACCCGAUUAUCAUAAUCUUUUUUCACCGCGUUGUGCUUAUUGCAAUGGUCCAAUUCUCGAU